UGCUUGCCAGUUUUUAAGAAUGGUUUAUAGAAGUGUGUAUUUUAAGGACGAUGGAUACAGAUUUGUCACAUAUUCUCACUUAGAGAGACCUUGGAACAUGGAGACGAGGGACGAUGAAGAGGCCCCAACGGACCCAGCGGCCAGGAAACAUACACAUCAUGAUUACACAGAACAGGACUUUGAAGGUCACAGAGCGCACACGGUAUUCGUCGGUGUCCACGUGCCCGCUCGGAGACACUCACAUCGGAAACAUAAACAUCACCACCGUAAUGGGGAAAAGGACGACCGCCCUGUGACGCCUCCGGCUCAACGAGUACAAUUUAUUCUUGGCGAAGAUGUGGACGACGCCACUCUUGAAUCGCACCCACUUUUCUCCGAAAUGGAAGAGCUGGUUAAAGAGGGAGAUGAACUGGAAUAAGAAACCGCCCGGUGGAUUAAAUUUGAAGAAGAUGUAGAAGAAGGUGGAAACAGGUGGUCGAAGCCUCAUGUCGCCACUUUAUCCCUCCAUUCACUCUUUGAACUGCGGAGCUUAAUUCUGAAUGGCUCCGUGAUCUUAGAUAUUGAGGCGAACUGUUUGGAACAGGUCGCGGACACUGUUCUAGACCACAUGGUUCUCGAUGGGUGCUUAGGUUACGAUAGUAGAGACAAGGUUAAGGAUGCUCUGUUGAGAAAACAUAGACAUCAGCACGAAAAACGAAAUCACAAUAACAUGUCACGAUUGCCACUUAUCAGAUCACUAGCUGAUAUUGGGAAGAAUCACUCGUCUUGCAAAAAUUUCCAGGACGGUGGGUCUCGUCGCAGUUCGAGUUGUCGGUCCAGUUCGUCGCCCAACACCGCUCUGCUGCAAGCAGCUGACGCAAGAGGCUCCUACCUAGCAGUGCCAGGUGGAACACAAGAAGAAGGGAUGAUAAAAAGUCCAAGCAGUCAGUCAAUGUUCCGGAAUCACAGUUCAGGUGACCUGCCAAUGAAUGGCGAUAUAAAUCAUAAAUGUAAUACGCAUUUUAUGCGCAAGAUACCACCCGGUGCCGAAGCUUCCAACAUACUGGUCGGAGAAGUUGACUUCCUAGAGAAAACUUUGUCAGCUUUUGUUAGGCUCAAAUCGGCUACAAUUAUGGGUGACUUAACUGAAGUUCCCGUCCCUACACGAUUCAUGUUUGUAUUACUCGGUCCACCAAAUAGUAAUUCCAGUUUUCACGAAAUCGGUCGAGCGAUGGCAACUCUCAUGUCAGAUGAAAUUUUCCAUGAAGUCGCAUACCGAGCAAAGAAACGCGACCAUUUACUGGCUGGUAUAGACGAAUUCCUAGAUGCUGUCACAGUAUUGCCACCCGGAGAGUGGGAUCCCACAAUUCGUAUUGAGCCUCCGGCUGCUAUUCCAUCCCAAGAUCCCAGGAAACGUCCAAAUGAAAACAAUCCCAAAGAAGAAUUUGACGAAGAAGAAGAGGAACAGAAACAAAGAGAGGAGUCAGGUUUAUCAAGGACAGGAAUACUAUUUGGAGGCCUAAUCAAUGAUCUCAAAAGAAAAGUGCCUUGGUACUGGUCUGAUUUUAAAGACGCGCUAGCGAUACAAUGCGUAGCCUCCUGGAUUUUUCUCUACUUCGCUUGCUUAUCGCCUAUUAUAACUUUUGGAGGAUUAUUAGGAGAAGCGACUGGAAAAAAUAUGGCUGCAAUGGAAUCCUUAGUUUCUGGAUUCGUAUGUGGAAUAGGCUAUGGGUUUUUUUCAGGUCAGCCUUUAACAAUAUUGGGUUCGACAGGGCCUGUGUUGGUAUUUGAGACAAUAGUGUAUGAAUUUUGCAAGCAACUCUCCUGGGAUUACAUGUCUUUUAGAUUUUGUAUUGGCACUUGGACGGCGAUAAUUUUGAUUACAUUAGUGGCUAUUGAUGCCAGCGCACUCGUUUGUUACAUCACCAGGUUUACAGAAGAAAAUUUCGCCACCCUCAUAGCGUUUAUUUUCAUUUAUAAGGCCGUAGAAAAUGUAAUAUCCAUCGGUAAGAAAUACCCUUUAAAGACACGCCCUGACGAGGUUCUCAAUUACGAAUGCUACUGUAUGCCGAGCAAUUAUUCCACUGUUCCCCAGCAUUUUAAUUGGACAACAGUUGAUAAAGACUCAUGCCAGUUGUACAAUGGAACUUUGGCGGGCGGCGGAUGCGACACAAAAGUUUAUGUGCCGGACGUUUUCUUGAUGUCCAUUAUUCUGUUCUUGGGCACCUUUACAAUAUCAAUAAUCCUCAAAGAUUUUAAGAACUCCCUCUUCUUUCCGUCAAAGGUGCGACAAAUCAUAAGCGACUUCUCCGUUAUUAUAGCCAUUUUAUCCAUGUCGUUCCUGGAUUACAAAGUGGGCGUAAAAACGCCUAAGCUCGAAGUACCUUCGGAGUUCAAACCGACGCUUCCGUCACGGAACUGGGUGAUAACUCCGUUUAAUGGGAAUCCUGUCUGGUCGGCACUAGUAGCAAUAUUACCGGCUUUAUUAGGCACUAUACUAAUCUUUAUGGACCAGCAAAUAACGGCCGUCAUCGUUAACAGGAAAGAAAAUAAACUAAAGAAGGGAUGCGGCUAUCAUCUAGACUUGUUUGUGUUGGCUAUCUUGAUUCAGAUUUGUUCAGUUAUGGGGCUGCCGUGGUUUGUUGCUGCCACAGUUUUAAGCAUAAAUCACGUGAAUUCACUCAAAGUUGAAUCUGAAUGUGCCGCGCCAGGAGAGAAGCCGCAAUUCUUAGGCGUGAGAGAACAAAGAGCCACUCAUAUUCUUAUAUUCCUCACUAUUGGAUUGUCCGUUGUGCUGACCCCGGUUCUGAGACAUAUACCCAUGCCGGUACUAUUUGGAGUAUUUCUGUAUAUGGGCGUUGCUUCGUUAAAAGGACUUCAGUUCUUCGACAGAAUUUUAAUAAUGUUCAUGCCACAGAAAUAUCAACCGGAUCACAUGUUCUUGAGACAAGUGCCCAUUCGACGCGUCCAUCUGUUCACGGCUAUACAACUCACUUGCCUCGUCUGUCUCUGGGUGAUAAAGUCAUUUUCUUCAACGUCCAUUCUCUUCCCACUGAUGUUGGUCGUGAUGAUAGGCAUCAGAAAGAGUCUGGACCUUCUUUUCACCAGACGCGAACUGAAAAUCCUGGACGACGUCAUGCCCGAAAUGACCAAGAGAAACCAAGAUGAGUUGCGCGAGCUAGGAGAUGAGGUGGGAUGGGUCACAAAAAUAUUAAAAUUAUGCCGACGGAACUAAACCUAUCACCUUUUUGGCGAACCAUUCGUUUAUUUAGUCAUCCCGCCAUGUAGACCAGUGCGCUGUUUUAUAAAUAAAUUGCGUGUUAUGUUA